AGUCAUGAUGCGUAGAUAAAAAAAUCGAUUAAAUUUUGAAUUUCCUUCGAUCGUGAUGUCACUCAUAUCGUGAGGGCGUUACUAUCGAUAACGAUAUAUCUCGAUUUCGGUAUAUCGAUAGUGACGAGGCCAUUUUCGAUAGUUUCGAGUAUAAAUUAUGAUUGGCAGAUUCAAAAUUUCAGUUGGCUGUUUGGCCGGAGUGUUCACAUGUAUGAGUUGCCCAAGUCGUAAGAACGUAAAAGAGUUGUGGAGUGAUACUGGCGGGCUUAUGGCAAUUAUUUAUUAGUAUAUUCAAACGAAAAUGAGUUUAAAUGGUAGUUUCGUACAGUGGCGGGACUCGUCACGAAAUGAUUCGUACCAUUUCGAUGACGAAUCCUUUUUCAUUUCGGAUAGCGAGGACGAAGACGUCGUCCAUAGUUCUUUGAAGCAACGUCAUUUGAUCGACGAGAGCAACGAGAACGAUGGCGAUGUGUCAUAUAAUGCGAUGUCUACAAAAAAUAGUUCCUCUGAAGUUACGCCAAGUUCGAAGAAGAAUAUCAGACGACUGUUUGAUAAAAAUAAUGUAAUUUCUGAUGAAAGUACAAGUGAUGAGGGCUUAAGAGAUGAAGCUGAGAGUGAUGAAUAUAAGACAUCUUAUGACAGCGAUAAUGGCUCAGAUCCAGAUUAUACUAAUAAUAAAGACUAUGAUUCAUCAAUUUCAUAUUCACCACAUGAAAAGAAAGGUAAAAAACGGAAGGAUGUUACUCAUGACAAUACCAGGGAAGAUAUAAAAGGAUUUAAAUUUAACAGUUCCAGUGAAUCUUUUGAUGAAAUUAAUAAGCCCUUACAUGACCAUAAUGAAUAUACAAAAAAUAAAACUGAAUCGAAGUUGGUUCUGGAAGAUGAAGCAUCUAAUAAUGUAUCAACUAUUGUACUCGACUCAGAUUCCCAUUCUGGGGAAAAUAGUGGGUCAGAAUUAGCAGUAUCUUUAGCAAAGCAAGAGAUUGGUGUUGGAAAUGUGGAUCCAUUAAUGGCGCAAAAGAGGGCAAUGAUUACUUGCAAAUUGCAUUCAUUGCAGGAUAAGAUAACAGCGACAAAACGAAUACUUGAUGAUGGUAAGAUUGAAGUAUUGGAAGAUAAAGGAGAAAAAUUACGUGAGACUGUGCAUAAAUAUGAAAAAGAGGCCGAGCUAUUAAAACUUGAAUUGGAAAAUACACCCUUGGUGCAGAAUAUUGAUACUGAGAAAACUGUGAAGAAUGAAACAAAAAAGAAAUUAUUUCUCAUAGAUGAGUCAAACCUUAGUCAAAUGGAUUCUUCAUAUUUGGAUAUUGAUAAUAUAACAAUGAAGCCUACUACAUCCCCAGUAUCAAAGAAAUUGGGUAAGAAAGCGCAAGAAACGAGGGAUAAGGAGCUUGCUUUAACAGUCGAACGAUUACAAGAUCUACAUGGAUCUCUCGUGGCUCGUCCAUUGGAAGAUGAGAAAGUCGAAGAUCCAAGAGGGUUGAAAGUAUCAUUAAUGCCACAUCAACAGCAUGCUCUCGCAUGGCUUUUAUGGAGGGAGCAGCAAAGACCUUCUGGCGGUGUUUUAGCUGAUGACAUGGGCUUAGGCAAGACGCUAACUAUGAUAUCUUUGAUCAUAGCUACUCUUGACAAGAAACAUUCUAUCGAUGAUAGUGAUGAUAGUGAUGACAGUGAUAACAAAUGGAGCAAAAAUAAACCUUUGCGUCACGCGGGUGGCACUCUCGUAGUAUGCCCGGCAUCUCUAUUAUCGCAGUGGGAGAAAGAAGUACAGGACAAAUGCAAACGUGGUCUAUUGUCUGUCGAAGUAUAUCACGGCAGCAAUCGAGAGAACAUACCUGUUCGCUUAGCGAAGAAUGAUAUCGUUAUUACGACGUAUAAUAUAGCAGCUCGAGAAUUUAAAAUCAAUGCUACUCUAUUUAAGAUCCACUGGAAAAGAGUGAUACUCGAUGAAGCUCAUAUGAUAAGGAAUCACAAGAGUCAAGCGGCCGUAGCAGUUUGCGGAUUUAUAGCGGCUAAACGGUGGGCACUUACUGGUACACCCAUACAAAAUAAGGAAGUGGAUCUAUAUUCUAUUUUGAAGUUUCUGAAGUGUACGCCUUUCGAUGAUCUGCGCGUAUGGAAACGAUGGGUGGAUAAUAAGAAUGCUGCCGGCCAUCAGAGAUUGGCGACCGUUAUGAAAACGUUAAUGUUGCGACGAACCAAGCAAGAAUUGCAAUCACAAGGCUGUUUAGAGAGUUUACCCAACAAGUAUAUAGAGGAAGUGACAGUGAAACUUGAUUCGCAGGAGCAAUUGGUAUACGAGAAAAUUUUAGUUUACUCUCGUACUCUCUUUGCACAGUUUUUGGCUCAACGUGCUGAAAAGGAUCACAUGUUUGAACUUUACGGUGGAAAAUAUAAUCAGCCAACUUUCUUGUCAAAUCCGAACAAAGAGACGCAGUUCACGAAAGCUCAGAAAAAGCUGUUGGCGAUGCAUGCCGACGUAAAAACACACGAAAUUUUGGUACUUCUACUUAGAUUACGUCAAGUCUGUUGCCAUCCAGCAUUAAUACAGGCAAUGCUCGACCAAGAGGACAUGCAAAUGAGCGGAAUAAUGAACACUGAAAAUAUGAAUUCCAAGUUAUUAUCGCAAAUGAGUAACAUAUCCCUUAAUGAAGACAAUUACGAGAAUUCUAAGGAGGACGAAGAAAUCGGUAUUGACCGUAGAAUAGUUCAAAAUGUACUUACCACUGAGAAUCGAGUAUUCAACGAUGAUCGCGUUAGUUCUAAAAUGAGAACCGUACUCGAUAUGGUCAAGAAAAUUUUACAAACGAACGACAAACUUAUUAUUGUUUCACAAUGGGCCACUUUACUAAAUGUUAUAGCGUCACAUUUGGAGUUUGUAGAAGGCGCUACAUUUGCCAAGUUUACGGGAAAUGUAGCCAUUAAAGAUCGGCCGGCUAUAAUUGAUUCUUUCAACAAAUCGAAUUCCGAUCCGAGAAUCUUACUGCUAUCACUUACUGCCGGAGGAGUGGGGUUGAAUUUGGUAGGGGCCAACCAUUUGUUAUUAUUUGACAUUCAUUGGAAUCCACAAUUAGAAUCGCAAGCACAAGAUAGAAUUUACCGUUUCGGACAAAAGAAGGACGUAUACAUUUACAAAUUUAUUUGCAGUAAUACAAUAGAAGAGCGCAUAAAAGGUCUUCAAGAGCAAAAGCUUGCUAUCGCGCAAAAUGUAUUAAGCGGCGAUAGGAGCAAAGAGAUUACAAAGCUUACGUUCAACGAUCUCAAGUCGUUGUUUGCUCUUUAACUUGGCCUUUAUA